AUGGUGGUCGGAGACUACUGCUUUGCCGGGACGACUUGGAUCGGGUACGACAGUGAGCAAAGCAUCAAGACCAAAGCGAAGUACGCUAAGCAGAAGGGUCUGCUAGGUUACUUCUCGUGGCACGUUGGAGGUGAUGAUAAUUCCGAACUCUCUCGUGCAGCGUCAUGUGCAUGGGAUAAUGCGGAAUGA